AUGAUAGAUUAUGGUCAAAUUCGAUAUAUAAAUUUAAUAUAAACUAAAGAUAAAAAAUAUUUCUCAAUACUCUGUACAUCUAAAGACUCUACUGAAAUACAUGUUUUAGACCGUAAAACGUUUAAGAAAAAAAUACUUAUUUCAAGAAAUGAUAAAGCUAAAGCUUUCUGUAAUCAUGCUAACGGAAAGUUCUAUAUAUUGAUAAAUAUAGACCCUAAAACUAAACAGAAAUAUUACGAUUUUAAAGUUCUUACAUAAGCCUAUAAUUAACAAAAUUUCGAAGAUUUUUAUAUACCUUAAGAGGGUGAAAUUAUUAAAGAAAUGGACAUUUUUGAACAUACUUUAGCCUUAUAUUGUUCUAGAUAAGGUACUGAAUAUGUCCGAAUUAUCGAUUAGGACACAAAAAACACACACAUAGUCGAAUUAGGUGAUUAAUAUAAAGCUGGAACAAUAAUAUAGCCUGGUUUAAACGAAAAUUUAGCUGUAGAAACCUUCCGUUUCCAUGUAGACACCCCUUUUUCCUACAAUCAAGUAUUCGAUUAUAACAUAAAGAAAAAAAAAGCAUUUUUGCUUUCCGACUUUGACAUGAAAGGCCCUAAAUUUAACAAGGACAAAUUCCUUAUAGAACAAAUAUUCGCGCCUUCCUAAGACGGACAAAAAAUCCCCAUAACAAUAAUAAGGGAAAAAAACUUCUAUAAAAAUCGCAAAAACAAACUUCUUUUACAUGGAUAUGGACAUUAUGGGAUUUCAUUAGAAAUAGGUUUUAGUAUAAAUUAUUUAAGCGCAUUAGAAGGAGGAUGGACUUUAGGCUUUGCUCAUGUAAGAGGAGGUGGUGAAAACGGAUGUAAAUGGCAUGAGAAUGCUAUUUUAGAUAAAAAACCAGUUUCUUUUUUUGAUUUUAUUUCUUGUGCGGAAUUCCUUGUGGCAGAAGGUUAUACACAUCCUUCUUUAUUAUGUGCUUAUGGAAGUAGUGCAGGUGGUUUAUUAGUAGGAACUGUAAUAAAUAUGAGACCAGAACUUUUUAAAGCUUGUGUUUUAAAUUUUCCUUUUUUAGAUGUUUUAUCAUCUCUUAUUGAUGAUAAAUUACCUUUAACAUAAUCAGAUUAUAGUGAAUUUGGAAAUCCUUUAUUUAAUGACUAUUAUUAUAAUUUGAUUUCUAGUUAUUGUCCAUAUUAAAACAUAAGGUUUGAUACUGAAUAUCCAGCUGUUUUUAUUACUUGUGGAUCUUCAGAUCAUAGGGCUCCCCUUUGGAAUGUUCUUAAAUAUGUAAAUAGAUUUAGAGAAAGAAGUAAAUCACCUUAAAAAGUUAAUGAAUUUUGUGAUAAAAAUAUUCUGGUUAAUAUUUUAGAUUCAGGACAUAAUGGAGAAAGUGGAGCAAUUUAAGGAAUAAAAGAAAAAUCUAUUUAUUUGGCCUUUUUAGAAUAUGUAGUUAUGAAUUAAAAUAAAGAUAUUUCUGUUUAAAUUAAAUGA